AUGGAUGAGCACAAGAAAUUUCUGGCAGAUCGCAUCCUGAGCGAGGAGCGUCCAAUUACCUAUCGCAUAUUGAGUCGCGCGUUGGACGUAAAUGUCAAUACGGCAAAAGAAAUGCUCUAUGAUUUCUACAAGUAUCAAAAUGCGCUGCGUGCCGAGUCCGUCCACGCCACGUACCUGGCCUAUGGAGUCAAGGACCCCGUGCCGCAGCCUGACGUUGAUGUUGAGAUGGACAGCUCUCAGCCCGAAGCUCUCACCGAAAAGGUUCCAACUUUGACAAUGACUCUCUUCAGCGACGACAAACUCAAAGAAACUCUCUCUCUAUAUAGCAAAGUCACAGCUAUCCACAUUUACAGCCUGGCUCCCAAUCCCCAGAGAGAUUUCGUAUUGCUGGCUGAUGUAGCCAAGUCGAUUUCCGAGUACACCACAAGCGAGGAUGCUGCUACCUUGUCUAAGAAAUACGGUACCAUCUACAACCCUCACACCCGGCGGCGAGAUCGAAAGAAGGGUGUCCCUGCGGCGGCUCCUGCACCAGCUGCUGUUAAGAAGCCAGAGCCUACCCUUAGUCCUGCCGCCAACCCUGCCCCUGCCUCCGCUCCUGUGAAAAAGGAACCAUCCCCAAGUGCGCCAGUCAAACGGGAGAUCCAAUCGUCUAGUUCAACAAAGAGUGCUCCAGCGCCCAGAAAAAGUGCUGGCGGCGGUAUAAUGCAGUCUUUUGCCAAGGCGGCGGCCAAGCCACCAAAGCCCAAGCCAGUCGUGAAGAAGGAGGACACCGCCAUGGCUCUAAGUGACGACGGCGAAGCCGACGCCGACGACAUGCCAGCUCCGAAGACUGCUGCUGAAACAGAGUCGCUGAGGCAAGCCAAGAGGAAACGCGAAGAAGAUCUGCGGCAGAUGAUGGAGGAAGACGAUGAGGACGAGGAAGAGGAAGACAAUGAGCCCGAGGAUGCCGAGAUGGAGGAACCAGAGCCCGAGCCAGAGCCCGAGCCGGUAAAAGAAGAGGAGAAGGAGCCCGAGGAAGUUGUAUCUGCAUCCGCUAAUGGUCGCCGGCGUGGCAAGCGUCGCGUGAUGAAGAAGAAGCGAAUUUUGGACGACCAGGGUUACAUGGUCACGAUCCAAGAGGCUGGGUGGGAGUCCUUUUCUGAAGAAGACGCUCCUGCGCCGGGGAAGAAGGAAACGCCGAGCUCUACACCAUCGUCAUCUGGCGCAAAGCCCAAAAAGGCGCCGGCCGCCAAAGGCAGCCAAGGAAGCAUCAUGUCGUUCUUUGGAAAGAAGUAG